AGGGCGCCCGCGCGCAUUCACCUUUAGCUUUAGCACACAGCUCCAGGUUAGAGUUGUGUGUGUGUUGUGUUGUGUGUUUUGUGUGUUGUGUGUGUAGUGUCGACAGAGGGCGCCCGCGCGCAUUCAUCUUUAGCUUUAGCACACAGCUGCAGGGUUUCAUGGCACUGUGAUGUCACAGUCGGCAUGAUGGUUUAAGGAGCGGUGGUGUCGAGGUGGCCGCGCGUGUGAUGUUGCGCUGGACGGUUCACCUGGAGGGCGGCCCGCGGAGGGUAAAUCACGCGGCGGUGGCAGUUGGACACAAGAUCUACUCAUUUGGCGGAUACUGCUCCGGCGAGGACUACGAGACGCUGCGACAGAUCGACGUUCAUGUCUUCAACACAGUGUCUCUCCGCUGGACGAAACUGCCGCCCGUGAGGACUGGAGGAAGGGAGCACGCUCGUGAAGUGCCCUACAUGCGCUACGGACACACUGCUGUCCUGGUGGAUGACAUCAUCUACAUCUGGGGGGGUCGCAAUGACACGGAGGGAGCGUGUAAUGUUCUUUACGCUUUUGAUGUCAACAGUCACAGGUGGUUCACACCGAAGAUUUGUGGAACAGUUCCUGGAGCGAGAGACGGACACUCAGCCUGCGUUCUGGGGAAAUACAUGUACAUCUUUGGUGGAUACGAACAGCUGGCCGACUGUUUCUCCAAUGACAUUCACAAGCUGGACACCACGAGUAUGUGCUGGUCACUAGUGAACACCCAGGGCACACCGGCUCGCUGGAGAGACUUUCACUCUGCCACCAUCAUCGGCACAAAGAUGUUUGUGUUUGGAGGCCGAGCAGAUCGAUUCGGUCCGUUCCACUCCAACAACGAGAUAUAUUGCAAUAAAAUCAAAAUAUUCGACACUGAGACUAACUGCUGGCUCAACACAGCGUCUGCACAGCUGCUGCCGGAGGGAAGGAGAAGCCACUCGGCCUUUGCUUUCAAUGGAGAGUUGUACAUAUUUGGUGGUUAUAACGCUCGUCUGGACCGACACUUCAAUGACCUCUGGAAGUUUAAUCCAGAGGCGUUCUCCUGGAAGAAGGUUGAACCGAAGGGAAAAGGUCCGUGUCCCAGGAGAAGACAGUGCUGCUGUAUGGUCGGCGAUCGCAUCAUUCUGUUCGGAGGAACCAGUCCAUGUCCGGAGCAGGGAAUGGGCGAUGAGUUCAACCUCAUGGAUCAUUCAGACCUCUACAUACUGGACUUCAGUCCUAAUUUGAAGACUUUAUGCAAACUAGCAGUUAUUCAGUACAGUCUGGAACAAUCUGGACUUCCACACGACAUCAGGUGGGAGCUCACGGCGAUGACCACCAACAGCACCAUCAGUCGACCCAUCUUCUCCUCUCACGGCUGACUGCACAACUUCACCUCUGGAAGAACGUCCUGCUCCAGAUGAUUUGAUUUUCUGCACAUUCUGGAACUUUUUUUGUCAGUGAAGGCGUUUUCUCUGCGGAUGCUUUUGGUGAUGUGGGUUUUUGUGCAGAUGAACGCUGCUUUCCCAUGUUUAUUUUGCCUUGUUGAAGAUAAACUGUUUCCUUCUGAAGACAAAAGACACUUUUAAAUCAGUCCGAUUAUUCAUCAGUAUUAUGAUAUUAUGAGAUCCUGGCGUAAAAUAAAGUUGAACUCGUUUAAUCUCGUUCGUUUCUCUGCUUGUGUUCAGAUUCAGUCUGGUUUAUAUUGAAGAGUUUCAGAAGUGUUCCACUCGACGGCAGAGACGAUCUUAAAAAACAUUUCUGUCAAAAAUCAGAAGAGGCAGAACGUUUCAUUUGUGGAGUUCAUCACUGAUUAUUCUUCUUUUAAAUGGAUUUGUAUUUUUGGACAGUAAACAUUACUGACUCAAUCAAUCGAGACGUAUAUUCUGUGCAUGCCAGCGUACUUCAGCACUCUUCACGAGAACAUCUUAUAUCACAUUCAACAGACCUACUGCUGUAAAUACAGUCAAUAAUCUCUGUAUCUCAGUGUGUGAAAUUUCAGAGGAAAAAGGACGUUUUGUAAAACGUUGUCUGUCUGUGGUGCUUUUACAGCAGAUAUAUUAAGGCGUGUUUCCUCAUUGAUCUGUUCAAACCGACGGAUGUUUCAUCACUGAUGAGACACUAAUCUGAUAUUCUCACUGUUAUAAAGGCUUCACAUCAAACCACACACAUUCUAAAUAAUCUGAUUAUAUGCUGAGCAAAUCAACUCAAAUAAACCAGAUGAAAUAUUGUUUGA